AUGGACUGUGAGUAUGAGAUUGGCCAUGUCCGAAAGCUCCAGGCUCGGCAUGCGCAGAUGCAGGAGAAGACCUUUACCAACUGGAUCAAUAACAUCUUCCGAUUAGGCCGGGUGGGCAUCAGGAUCCAGAACCUGUACACGGAGCUUGCUGACGGUGCCCACCUCCUUCGGCUGUUGGAGCUUAUCUCUGGGGAAGCCCUACCGGUGCCCAGUCCAGGCCACCUUCGUGUACACUUCCUGGAAAACAACAGCCACGCACUGGCCUUCCUCAGGGCCAAGGUGCCUAUACCCUUCGUUGGGCCAGAGAACAUUGUGGAUGGAGACCAGUCACUCAUCCUGGGACUCCUGUGGGUCAUUAUUCUGCGUUUCCAGAUUUCCCACAUCUCCUUGGACAGGGAGGAGUUCGGGGCCAGUGCAGCUUUGCUGUCCGCCAAGGAAGCGCUGUUGGCAUGGUGUCAGCGGAAGACGACCAGCUACACCAAUGUGGACAUCACUGACUUCUCCCAGAGCUGGAGUGAUGGGCUGGGCUUUAAUGCCCUCCUCCAUGCUCACAGGCCGGACCUGCUGGAUUACGGCUCACUGAGCCCAGACCGCCCUCUGCACAACCUCUCCUUUGCCUUCCGAGUGGCUGAGCAGGAGCUAGGCAUUGCCCAGCUGCUGGACCCUGAGGAUGUGGCGGCCCUGCAUCCAGACGAACGCUCCAUCAUGACCUACGUGUCCCUGUACUACCACUAUUUCUCCCGCCUGCACCAGGGGCAGACAGCCCAGAGGAGGCUGGUUAAGAUCCUGUUGCAGCUGCAGGAGACAGAGGCGCUGCAGGCUCAAUACGAGCAGCUGAUGGCUGAUCUGCUCUCCUGGAUCGCAGAGAAGCAGGUGCAGCUGGAGGCUCGGGAUUUCCCAGACACAUUGCCUGCCAUGCGCCAGCUACUGGCAGCCUUUGCCUCCUUCCAUGCCCAGGAAAAGCCACCUCGGCUGCAGCAGCGAGGAGCCACAGAGGCCCUGCUGUUCCAGCUGCAGACAACACUCCGAACCCAAAACCGAAGGCCAUUCCAACCUCGAGAGGGCCUGGGCCCUGCAGAGCUGGCCCAGCACUGGGCGGAGCUGGAGAGGGCAGAGGCCUCCAGGAGCCAGGCCAUGCAACAGAGGCUGCUCCAGCUGGGACGGCUGGACACUCUGGCCUGCCGCUUCCAGUGCAAGGCAGCCCUCCGGGAGAGCUUUUUAAAUGAGGCAGAGCAGAUGCUAGAGCAGGCCAGAGCCUCCCUCACCGACCCAGCCGAGGUGGAGGCAGCCACCCAGAGGCUGGGCAUGCUGGAGGCUGGUAUCCUGCCCCAGGAAGGGCGCUUCCAGGCCUUGGGCGAGAUCGCAGACAUCCUCCAGCAGGAACAGUAUCACAGCUGGGCAGAUGUGGCCCGCAGGCAGAAGGAGAUCACCGGGCGCUGGCGGAAGCUCCUGCAAUGUCUGCAGGAGCAGAGGAAGCAGGUGGCGGGCACGCAGGCAGUGCUGAGCCUGCUGCGGGCGGUGGAGGCUGCCACGGGCCAGCUUGGGGAGCUGCAGGUGUUGGCCAGCUCCACAGCCUGCGGCCAACAGCUGGCAGAAGCAGCUGUGCUGCUGCAGAGGCAUGACCUGCUGGAGGCCCAGGUCUCAGCCCACAGGACCAACGUGAACCGUCUUGCCCGCCACACGGCACAGCUGGACUCCUCCCGGGGCACCAGCGUGCAGAUGCUGCAGGCUAAAGCCCUGGCCCUGACAGAGCUCCACCACAGCCUGGUGUCUCUUGUCAGAGCCCGACGCGUCCUGCUAGAGCAGAGCCUGCAGCGGGCACAGUUCUUGCACAGCUGUGAGGAGGAGGAGGCCUGGUUGCGGGAGCACGGGCGGCUAAUGGAGACGGCAGCGCUGGGCCGGGACCUCACUCAGAUCGCUACCGCUCUGCAGAAACACAAGGCUCUGGAAACCGAACUCCAUCGCCACCAGGCUGUGUGUGCAGAUCUCAUGCAGAGGGGACGCAACCUCAGUGUCAGAGGGACCCCGACACAGCCGGACCCCCUGGAAAGGGCGGAAGCAGUGCAGGGAACUUGGCGGCUGCUUUGGACUGCAGCCACAAGGCGGCGCGCCCGGCUGCAAACAGCGCUGCUGGUUGGGCAGUACUUUUCUGACUCAGCCGAGGCGGCUUCUUGGCUUCUCCUGCGGCAGAAGCAACUGGAAAGCGCAUCCUGCGGGAAGGACCAGGUAGACGCCGAGGCCCUGUUGCAGCGCCACCUGCGCCUGGAGCAAGGCGUGAGCGCCUUCGCGGCGGAGUUGCGGGAGCUGGAGGAUCAGGCUCGGGCUGCUGCAGCCCUAGUGUCACACACGGAGGAACCUCCGGAAGACUGGAAAAGGCUUGACAGAAUUGGAGGACCUAAGCAUGAGACCGAAGCUUCAGCAGCCCCAAGCAGCCAAUGUUUAUACCAGCGGAUGUCCUCCGCCAGAGAAGAGACCCUGGAAACAAAUGCCCGGGAGCUGAAAGACUUGGGGAACAACCAGAGCAGGAUACCCGUCAUUCACACCACAGAGAAGAAGCCCCAGGUGGUGUCCGCCCUGGGCCUUCUAGGGGAAGGCCCACGGGCAGCUCUCCAGGCUGAAUAUGACUUUGACUUAAACUCUAAUGCCAUACUCCAGACACAGGCUCACUUGAGCCAGAACUAUGAAAACCUAAGGGCCCUGGCAAAGUUUCACAGGGCCCGACUGGAGGAGGCAGUAGCUCUGUUUAGCUUCUACAGGUCCUGUAGAGAGCUCCAGCGCUGGCUAGAGGAGCGGACCGCCCUGCUCCAGACACUGCAGCCCCGGGGUGACAGCUUAGAGGCCACCCAGCUUAAAUAUGAGAACUUUCUCACGACCUUGGCCACUGGAAAAGGCCACUGGGCUGAGGUCAUCAGCGCUGCUGAACAACUGAAGCAGAGGUGUCCAGGACACACCUUGAAAAUCCAACAGCAACAGGAGGACCUUCACCAGAGGUGGCAGCAGCUGGAGGCCCUGAAGGAGGAGAAAGGCCGACAGCUGACACGUGGCAUGGAGAUGUGCCAUCUUCUACAGGAGUCUGGACCCAUACGAGCCCAACUGCUAGAUGUGAUAGGCAGGCUGGAGGUUCUGGGGCCAGGAGGCUCUGAGGGCAGCCAUUGUACCCUGCAGCAGACCCAGCAGAAGAUCGUGGCAUUGGAGAAGAAGAUCUCAUACCUCCAAAGGGCAGCCACAGAGGUGAUGGACUCAGGCCCCUCAGAGAGCUGGCUGCUCCAGGAGCAGCUGCUGCUGCUGCAGGCGCUGCUAAAGCAAGUGCAUGGGCAAGUGGCCGGGCAGGUCCAGGUCCAGACCGAGGCUCGGGUCCAGCGAGGCAUCCUACAAGAGAGCCAGAAGCUGCUGCUGUGGGCGGAGAGCAUCCGGGCUCAGCUGUGCAGCAAAGGGAAGCUGGAGGAUGUGAGCUCCGGCCAGCAGCUGCUGAGGAAGCAUGGAGGCCUACAGGAGGAGAUCUGCCUGUGGCAAGAGAGGCUGCAGCAGCUGGAGGCGCAGAGCCAGCUGGUGGCAGUCUCAGACUCCCCGGAGUCCCGAAAGGUGGCCAGCGCCCUAAGGCUCCUAGGCCAACAGGGCCAGCAGCUGAAGGCUCUGUGGGAGCAGAGACAGCAGGAGCUUCUGGAGGGGCUGGAGCUGCAGAGGCUUGGCCAAGAAGCGGAUGGUUUCAUCACCACCUGUGCCAGCCAUGAGGCCUUACUGCACCAAGACAAUCUUGGGGAGGACAUAGGAGAGGCCCAGAGCCUUCUGCAGCAGCACCAGGGCUUGGGGUGGCUCCGAAGCAUCCUGGGAUACCGGGCAGAGGCCCUGGGGGCACGUGGUGAGAAGCUGCUUCUGAGCCAACACCCUGCCAUGCACAAGAUCAGAGAGCUGCUGCACAGUGCCCAGGCACAGUGGACCAGAGUCCAGGAGAGGAGUGAACAGAGAAGGGAACAGCUGCUGGCUUCUCUCCAAUUGCAGGAAUGGAAACAGGCUGUGGCAGAGCUAAUGCUGUGGAUGGAGGAGAAGUGGCCCAGGGUGGCCGAUGAACCCUCCCAGCCACACAGCGACAUUCUGCAGAAACUCAAGUGGCAAAAAAUAACUGAGAAUGAGCUAUUAGCCACCCGUGGGUACGUGGAGCACCUAGGGCAGGCUGGGAGAGAGCUAGUGCAAAGCCACCCAUAUGCACAGGAGGCCAUACAGGACAGACUUCAGAGCCUGACUCACAAGUGGGAAGAGUUGAACCACAAGAUGGCAGAGCAAGGCGACAGGCUACAGCAAAUCAGACAGCAGGGCCAGCUCCUGGAACUCCUGCAGGAUGUCAGGGAGGUGAUGGAGCAUCUGGAGGGAACCCUGCAGAGUACGGAAGUGGGACAGGACCUGUGCUCCAGCCUGAGGCUGCAGAAACAGCACUGCCAACUAGAGGACAAGAGCCAGGCGCUGGCCGGGAAGAUGGCUGCCCUCCUCUCUCGGACACACAAUGCAUUCACUUCCUUGACCAUCCUGGAGGAGAGCCAGAAGUGUCAGCAGAGGUUUGAGGCCCUGCAGAGCAAGCUGACCACCCGAAACCUGCAGCUGCAGGCCUCCAUUGAGCUGCACCGAUUUAACCUCCUUAGCAACCUGGAGCUCACAUGGGUGGCGGAGCACAUGCCCAGUGCCAGUCCCACCUGCCCUGCCCAGUGCUGGCGCGAUGCCCAGAGACUUCAAGGCAAGCACAAGGUGCUCCAGGCUGAGGUGAAUGCUCACAAAGGUCACAUGCACGUGGUGCUAAGUUCUGGCCAGAGUCUAGCAGCCUCUGAGCACCCCCAAGCUCAGCAUAUCCUGGAACGGUGCCAGAAGCUGGAAGGCCACUGGGCAGAACUGGAGCAGGCGUGUGAGGCUCGAGCCCGUUGCCUGCAGCAGGCCGUCACCGUCCAGCAGUACUUUUCCAAUGUGUCAGAAAUUGAGGCCUGGGUGGAGAACAAGCGGCCUCUGGUGAGCAGUCAGGAUUAUGGAAGUGAUGAGGAAGCCACCAUUAUUCUCAUCAGAAAACACCAGAUGCUGCAGCAGGAAUUAACUCUUUAUUGGAGUUCCGUGGAGGAUCUUGAGCAAAGGUUCCAGACCCUCUCAGCACUUGAGGCCUCCGAGCAGCUGGGCAUAGUGCGGGAACAGCUACAGGCAUUACAGACAUUGGCAGAUGCACGGGGUCAGGAGCUGGAGGGGACCCUGAGACUACAUGAAUUCAUGAGAGAAGCUGAGGACCUGCAGAGCUGCCUGGCAAGCUGGAAGCAGGUGGCCAGAGGCGGGGACAGCUUUGGAGAGGACCAUGCGCAUGUGCUGCAACUCUGCACUAAGUUUGCAAAGCUUCAGGACCAGGUUGAAACAGGUGCCCAGCGAGUAGAAAUCUGCCAACAGCUGGCAAAGAACCUACUAGAGCAUGGGCAUAGCGCUGCCCCCCAGGCCCACCAGAGGCAGGAAGAUCUACAGGCUACCUGGUCCGAGCUGUGGCAGUUGACCCAUACCCAAGGUCGCCGGCUCCAGGAGGCAGAAGCCACCCUCAGAGUCCACAGAGACCUUCUAGAAGUCCUUACCCAGAUUCAGGAGAAAACUACAAGCCUCCCUAAUGGUAUAGCCCAGGACCUGCAUGGAGUAGAGACCCAGCUGCAGAGACAGGAGGGGCUGGAACGCGAGCUGGCAGGCCUGGAGCCACAGCUCCAGGAACUGCUGAAGGCUAGAAGCAGGGUGCAGAAGCCGGGGCUGGGGCCUCAGGCCCUUGAUACCAUCCAGCAGAAGCAGCAAGCCGUGACACAGGCCUGGGCGGCCCUCCAGCUGUGCGUGGAGCAGCGCAGGGCCCAGUUGGAGCAAGCACAUCUCCUGGCCCGAUUCCACGCAGCGGUGAGGGACUACACGUCCUGGGCAGCCAGCAUGCAUCAGGAGCUGCGGAUAGAGGAGGGCUCCUGGGAACCCAGCAGCAGCCUGCUCAGGCUCAGAGCCCACCAAUGGCUGUGGGCAGAACUGAAAGCCAGGGAGGAGCUGCAGCAACAGGCCACAAAGCUGGGCCAGCAGGCACUUCUGGCUGCUGGGGCAUCCACUAAGGAGGUUCAGGAUGGGCUUCAAGCCCUACAGGAGGAACGUGACCAGGUGUUCAAGGCCUGGACACUCAAGCAAGAGAGGCUGCAGGCCAUGCUUCAAGAACAGAGCCUCCUUAGCCAGUGUGGUCACCUGGAGAAGAUCCUCGCAGCCCAGGAGGCAUUCCUAAAAUCCAGUACCCUGGGGAGCUCAGAGGAAGAAGUGGAGCAGUUGAUCCAAAAGCAUGUGAUCUUCCAGAAAGUGCUAGCUCUCCAGGACGAGAAGGAGAUGGCUCUACGUGAGCAGUUGAAAAUGAUCUCAAACCCUAAGGGGCAGAACCUGGUUUACCGCGUGCUGGAGCGUCGGGCUCAAGUGAAGGAGCUGGCAGAGAGCCGGGCACAGGCCCUGCACGCCACUCUGAUGGUAGCCAACUUCACCAUGGCGGCAACCCAGGCUGAGGACUGGAUCCAGGAGCGGCUCCAGCAGCGGAGAGCCUGGAGCCCUCCUGGGAACCUGAAAGAUUAUCUGAAGCACCUGAAGAAACACCAGGCCUUUGGAGCUGAAGUCCAGGCCCAUGAGCAGGUCAUGACCUCUGUUGCCAAGCAAGGCGAAGGGCUCCUCAGACAGAGCCACCCUCAGGCCGGAGAGGUCUCCCAGAGGCUGGCGGCCCUGUGGGACUUGUGGGAGAAGCUGAGGCAGGCAGUGACCAUGCAGGGCCAGGCCCUGGAGGACAGAUGCAACUUCCUGGAGUUCCUACAGAGGGUGGACCUUGCAGAGGCCUGGAUCCAGGAGAAGGAGAGGAUGGUGAACACCGCUGACUUGGGCCUGAACCUUGAGCACUGCCGGCAGCUUCGCCGGCAGGUCCACCAGUUACAGGUCACAGUGGAUGGCACCUACAUCAGGAGAAUCAAAAUCUUGUCACCGCAGCUCAAGAACCAGAGCCCUGAGGAAUCUCAGACCAUCUGCCAGCGGCAAAACCAGCUCAAUAAUAGGUGGAAGGGUUUCCAUGGCAACCUGCUCCUGUAUCAGCAACGGCUUGAAGCAGCCCUGGAGAUCCAUACGUUGUCCAGUGAACUGGAUGACAUCACUGAGCAGAUCAGGGAGAAGGAAUCCCUGAUCCAGGCCCUGGAGGGCACAGAGGAUUUGGAGAAUAUACAGACGCUGUCAUGGAAACAGAAAAUGCUGCAGCAGGAGAUGGGCCUCAUCCAGACUCAGGUGGAGUCUCUUGAGGGUAAGGCCAGCCGCCUCUGCAACGAAAGUCCUGAGGCUGCACACAGCCUCAGCCAUAAGCAGCAAGAGAUGAUGGACAGCUGGCAGAAGGUCUGGAGUAGGGCCCGCAAGUGGAGGGAGUCGCUGGCUGUCGGCCUCGAGGUCCAGAAGCUCCAGACUCUGUUGCAGGAGCUGCGGGACUGGGGGCAGGGACUGCAAGCUGAGAUGGACAUGCAGGGCGCCCCCUGCAGCCCUCUGAGAGCCCUGUACAUGCUGCAAGAGCACCAGGCACUCAAGGUUGAGCUGGACAUCAGAACAGAAAGCCUUAGCCUGGCCAGAAGCAUGGGGCAGCGGCUGCUCGCAUCUGGACACCCACUGGCCUUAGGGAUUCCCCAGCCCCUGGCUGCUGCAGAGCAGGAAUUGAGUAGCUUGCAGGAAUCAUGGCAGAGGCGGCAGCAGCAGCUGCAGCAGGCCUUGGAGCAGCAGCUAUUUCUGAGCUCUGUGGGAAAGGCAGAACGCUGGCUUGACACUGAGGAGGCCUCCCUAGCUUGUGAGAGAGCGGCGGAUCCCUUGGCCACUGUGGAGACCCUUCUGUCGAAGCACAAGAGGCGUGAGCAGAGCCUGAAAGCACAGGCUGAAAAGAUCAGCACACUGGAGGCCACAGCCCACAGCCUGUACCCAGCUGGACACCCGGAGGCCCACAGCAUCCUGGACAGGUGCCAGGCUCUACUCCUGAGGACAGAGGCACUCACAGAGCGAGCGAGGGCCCGAGGACAGCAGCUAGAAGAGCUGCGACAGCUUCGGACUUUCUUACAGGAUUCCAAUGAGGUGGCUGCGUGGCUGAGGGAGAAGAACCUGCUGGCUCUGGAUGAGGGUCAGUGGGACCCGGCCACGGUGCAAACACAGCUGCAGAAGCAGCAGAAUUUCCAGGCUGAGCUGGAUGCCAGCGUUCACCAACGGCAGGAGCUCCAGAUGGAGGGGCAGAGGCUGCUACAAGGGGGACACCCAGCAUCCGAGACCAUCCAGGGGCGACUGCAAGAGCUAGAAGGCCUCUGGGCUGAGCUGCAGGCCAACUGCCAGAGAAAGAUGGCCAGACUACAGGGGGCCCACAAGGCCCUGUGUCUGCAGAGGUUGCUGGAAGAACUUGAGCGCUGGCUGGAGCCCACAGAAGCAGAGCUGAGAUCGCCUUUCAGAAGCCAGGACCUGCCUAGGGUGGGCGAGCUCUUGGGGGCCCAGGGGGAACUGGAGGCAGCUGUGGAUAGGCAGGCCAGGCAAGUGCAGGAGCUGCAGAGCCAGGCCCAGGCGUGCUCUCAGGAAGGUCACUGCCUCGCCAAAGGCGUGGAGGAGCGAGCCCAGCGGCUGCUUCAGAGGUUCCAGAGUCUUCAGGAGCCCUUGAAGGAGCGCAGGGCAGCCCUGGAGGCCCAGGUUCUCCUCUUACAAUUCCUCAGGGAUGCUGAUGAGGAAAUGGCCUGGGUUCAGGAGAAGCUACCCUCUGCCACAGCCCAGGACUGUGGCCAGAGCCUGAGCACUGUGCGGCACCUGCAGGAGAAACACCAGAUUCUGGAGAAUGAGAUCAGUAGCCACAAGGCUCUGAGCCAGGUGGUGGUAGGUACAGGGCACAAGCUUGUCCAAGCUGGACACUUUGCCGCCGAAGAAGUGGCCGCCCGGGUACAGCAGCUGGAGGCGGCUCUAGACCACCUGCAGACAGAGGCGGCACAGAGGAGGAGGAGGCUGCAGCAGGCCCUGGAGGUCCAGCAGAUUUUGAUAGAGCUCCUGGAAGCAGGAUCCUGGCUAGCUGAACAGGGCCAUAUUCUGGACAGUGAGGACCUGGGCCAGGAUGCUGAGGCCACACAGGUUCUUCUGCGGCACCUGCAGGCCACCACAAGAGACUUGGAGUUGUUCAGCAGCCGCACUGAGCGGCUACAGCAAACAGUGGCCCUUCUGGAGAGUGGGCAAAACCCAGGCAGUCCCAGGGUGCUGGCCCAGCUGCAGGCUGUGAGGGAGGUCCACGCACAACUGCUGCAGAGGGCAGAGGGCAGGGGACAAGCGCUGCGUGAGCAGCUGCGCCUACACCGGGUGGAGCGAGAGGCCUUGCUCCUUCAUGCCUGGCUGACCUCCAAGAUGGCUGCCGCUGAGUCCCAGGACUAUGGACAGGACUUAGAAGGCAUCAAGGUUCUGGAAGACAUGUUUGAUACUUUUAGCAGAGAAGUCCAGAGCCUGGGCCAGGCUAAGGUGCAGACCCUGUGGGAGCUGAUGGCUCCCCUAGAAAGAGGAGCACCCAGGUUCUAUCCCCAGAUGCAAGCCCAGAAGUGUCGUGUCCAGACCACUUGGGACAGGCUGAACAAGGCCAUCAAAGUCCGUGCAGAGAACCUGGCUGCAGCCCGUGCGCUCCGGAGCUUUGAGCAGGCAGCCUCAGAGCUCCAGGGUUGGAUGCAGGAGAAGACCUCGCUGCUGAAGGAAAAGCUCCAUGGGCAGGGCCUGUCGUCUGCACAGGCUGUACAGCAGCAGCAGCAGCAGCACAGGUGCCUGCAGAGAGAACUGACAGCUAUCGAGAGAGAGGUGACAAGAGUACAGAUGGAGGCCCAGCAACUCGGCCAAGCCCACCCUGUGGCUCAGGAGAACCUUGAUGAGUGGCUCGCCAGGGUGCAGGGGGCCUGGGCCAACCUGAAGGCUCAAGUCCAGGAAUGGAGGGAGAAGCUGUCCCAGGCUACCCAGGGCCACCGCUUUCUUGGGCGCUGUCAGGAGUUGCUAGCGUGGGCUCAGGAGAAACAGGAACUGCUUUCCUCAGAGGGGCUGGCCAGGGCUGUGGUGGGGGCCGAGCAGUUCCUUGAGCAGCAUGAGGAGCUGGACCAAGAAAUCCAGGACUGCUACCUCCAAGCCCAGAACACACUGCAGGAAGGGCAGCGGCUGCUAGACAACGGCCAUUUCAUGUCCCUGAAGGUGGCAGAGUGCCUACAGGGCCUGGAAAGGCAUCUGCAGGAGCUUCAGGUAGCCUGGGCCCUGUGUGGGCAACGCUUUGAACAGAACCGGGGCCUGCAGCAGCUGAGGCAGAGGCUGGAGCUGGCUGAGGCCUGGCUGGCCUCCCAGGAGGGCCUGCUGCUGGACCCCAGCUGUGGGCACUCAGUGUCGGAUGUGGAACGUCUGCUCUGCAGAUAUGAGAGUUUGGAAAAGCUACUGGCAGCCCAUGAGGAGAAGUUCACCCAGCUCCAGACAGCAGAGGAGCUGAAGGGUGCUCGUGUCAUGGAGGGGUCUGUGGAACUUAAGCAACAACUUCCUGUAGAGGAGAGGCAGCCCAGUACCAGUUUCCAGGACAACAGCCAUGAGGCCUUGGCAAGGAGAGCCCUGGGCCUGUUGUCAGAUAUGAGGAAGGCAGAAGGACCAGGUGACACCAAGGACCUGGUUUACGUGGUCCCCCUCAUGCCUGAGGGAACUGAGUGUGAGAGGCUGGAGGACAAGAAGCAGAUGCUCUUGCCAAGGUGAGGACAGCAGGCAUGGCCUCUGGCAGCAAGCUUGG